GCAGACAGUCGACCCAACCCAUCGUGGGAAAGAAGCGAACCGACGACGACCUCGCAUUCCUCAUCAGGCAAACGCGCACACGACACAGUCUUCCAACGCUAGCUCGCUCCCCGUCGUCAGCCGCCCAUGGAGAACGGCGGCGAGGCGAAGUGGCGCUUCGGGGCGGGGAACCCGGCGGUCCAGGCGAGUGGCCGGCAGAGCCUCCGCGCCCUCGUCACCCGCGUGUUUGACUGCGUCGACAGGAACGACCCGCGGCCGGUCGCGCCGCUCGGCCACGGCGACCCCUCCGCAUUCGCGUGCUUCCGCACGGCGGCUGCCGACGAGGAAGCCGUCUCCGCCGCCGCCCUGUCAGGCAAGCACAACAGAUACUCCUCCGCCGGAGGCGUGCUGGAGGCGCGCAGCGCCGUCGCCGCGUACCUGUCCAGGGAGCUCCCCUACGAGCUCUCGACGGGGGACGUGGUCGUCACGGCCGGCUGCAACCACGCCAUCGAGAUCAUGAUGGCCGUGCUGGCGUCGCCGGGCGCCAACGUGCUGCUGCCGAGGCCGGGGUACCCGAUGUACGAGUCUCGCGCCGCGCUGUGCGGCCUCGAGUUCCGGCGCUUCGACCUCCUGCCGGAGAAGGAGUGGGAGGUGGACCUCGACGGCGUGGAGGCCCUCGCCGACGAGAACACCGUCGCCAUGGUCAUCGUCAACCCCAACAACCCAUGCGGGUGCGUCUACUCCUACGACCACUUGGCCAAGAUUGCAGAGACGGCGAGGAAGCUUGGAAUCAUGGUGAUCAGCGACGAAGUGUACGACCACUGCGCGUUCGGGAGCAAGCCGUUCGUGCCGAUGGGCGUGUUCGGGGAGAUAGCUCCGGUGGUGACCAUCGGCGGCAUCUCCAAGCGGUGGAUGGUGCCCGGCUGGCGCCUUGGCUGGAUCGCAGCCACCGAUCCCAAGGGGGUCCUCCGGGACAAGAACGUCCUAGAGUCGAUCAUGAGCUACUGCGCCAUCUCGGUGGACGCCGUGACGUUCGUGCAGGGAGCUCUGCCGCAGAUCAUCGCCAACACGGACAAGGCCUUCUUCGAGAAGGCCAUGGACGUGAUGAGGGAGGCGGCGGAGAUAUGCUACCGGAAGGUGGGCGGCAUCGAGUGCAUCACCUGCCCUCACAAGCCGGAGGGGUCCAUGUUCGUCAUGGUGAAGCUGGACCUCUCCUGCUUGGACGGCAUCGCCGACGACGUCGACUUCUGCACCCAGGUCGCCCGCGAGGAGUCCGUUGUCAUUUGCCCAGGGAGUGGACUAGGAAUGAAGAACUGGCUCCGAAUUACGUUUGCUGUCGAUCCAGGCCUUCUCGAGGAUGGCAUGGAGAGGGUCAAGUCUUUCUGCCAAAGGCAUGGCAAAGCCAAGGAGUUGAAGUGAUAUAUGCAUGGAGUGGGUUUCUCCAAAAUAAAUGUUUGAUUGUGCAUGUGCAACUCGCGUUGCAUAUGGGAGAAAUCAAACUCAGAGGAAUGUACUAGUGAAAUUGAAGCACAAUUAUGUAUCUUAAUUAUGGAAAUCAUGUCAAAAUGUUAAACUUGAGUUUAAUUCUGGCUCCACUGGCUUGCAGACUAUGCCGACCC